GAAAUGUGCUGCUGGAUAUUUCUGCCUGGCUGGGAGCUCUCAGGCUGCUCCCCAAGGUCUCCCCUUCUCCUGGCGCUUCCUGGCCGGGUGCCGCUGGGGCCAGGUGUGUGCAGGGCUGUGUCCUGCAGGUAGGUGAGGACCUCAGAAAAAUCCACAGUCCAGGGCAUUGCCCUGCUGCUGCCCAAGUGGAGUAUAUAACAUAUUGCACAAUAUAUUGCAUUGUAUCUAAUUAAAAUUAUCAUUGCUCAUCAGUUUCCUCGGUUUUGCAUCUUUUUGGACCAAAGUGUGCCAGACCAAAAAGGCCACCUGGAAUUUAAUAUAACAUAUUGCACAAUAUAUUGCAUUGUAUCUAAUUAAAAUUAUCAUUGCUCAUCAGUUUCCUCGGUUUUGCAUCUUUUUGGACCAAAGUGUGCCAGACCAAAAAGGCCACCAGGAGUUUAAUAUAACAUAUUGCACAAUAUAUUGCAUUGUAUCUAAUUAAAAAUAUCAUUGCUCAUCAGUUUCCUCGGUUUUGCAUCUUUUUGGACCAAAGUGUGCCAGACCAAAAAGGCCACCAGGAAUUUAAGGUGCUGAGCUGCCAGUCCAGAGGAGUUUGAAGGCUCCUGGCUUGGAACAGCUGUAAAAGUUCAUUCCACAGCAACAGCAGAUCUGGCUCAGUCAUUUUUGCCACUGGGGGAUUUGCACGUUUUACUUUUAUCUCUUUUCCCCCCAUUUUUGUAGGUUACUACUGCCUGGAGGGGUCUGAGGUGCCCACACCGUGUCCUGCCAACACCCUCAGGGCUCUUCCAGGGGCUGGGAGGAGGGAGGAUUGCCUGCCCUGCCCACCAGGCCGCUGGUGCAAAGCAGGGGACUCUGAGGCCCAUCCGUGCCCUCUGGGUCACUACUGCUUCGGGAGCAAUGGCAGUGGCCAUGGCAGUGUCCUGGCCCCUCAGCAGUGCCCUCCCCGCACCUUCCGUGGGCAUCCGGGGGCCCGGAGCCCGGCAGAGUGCCAGCCCUGCCCGCCGGGGUUCCGCUGUCCCCUGCCAGGCCUGAGCAGCUUUGAGGAUUAUCCCUGCCCCCCUGGGUACUGGUGCCCUGGCAAUGGGGACACGUUCCUCUGUCCAGCUGGCACUUCCAGGAUCCAGCCUGGUGCCAAAUCCUUGGAAGAGUGUGAGCCCUGCUCUCCUGGAUAUCACUGCCCGGAUCCAGCCCCGACAGGGCUCCCCAACACCCAGGGGAUACCCUGCAAGCCUGGCUAUGAGUGUCCAGCAGGCUCAGUAAAUCCCAAGCCCUGCAGGCCUGGCUCCUACUGUGGUGCAGUGACAGGAGAGCCUCCCCUGUGUCCUGCUGGCUACCACUGUCCCGAGGGCUCCUGGACUUACACCAGCCCCGAGCAGCUGUGUGUGUUCCCCUACUACUGCCCCGCGGGCAGUGCCCGCCCGGUGCCCUGUGAAGGGGGGCACAUGGCCCUGAGCCUGCCCGGCCUGAGGGGCUCAGCCGAGAGGUUCUGCAGGCUCUGUGCUGCAGGCACCUUCCGCAGUGACCCCCUGAUCUCAGCGCCCUGCCAGCCCUGCCCGGCCGGCUUCACCUGCCCGCCAGGCAGUGACAGCUACCAGCAGCAGCCUUGUCCCCACGGCCACUACUGCCCUGCCCUGUCCCCUGCCCCGCUGCCCUGUCCCCCGGGCACCCACAGGAGCAGCCACUCUGCCAAGCACCCAGGGGACUGCCAGGCCUGUCCUGCUGGCACCUUCAACCACCUCCCUGGCCAGGCUGCCUGCUUCCCCUGUGGCAGCUCUUCCUCCUCUCAGCCGGGUGCCACCAGCUGUACCUGCCACGGGCUGAACAGGGCUUUCCAGCAGUCUGAUGGCUCCUGCAUCUGCCAGGCAGGUUAUGUUUAUUACGAUGAGAGAGGCAAGAAAGACCCUGACAGCAACAGCGAUCAGGACUGCCGACCUCAGGUGGAGGAGCUGUGUGCCCCCGGCGAGGUCCGGCUUGCGUCCACGCGCCGCUGCGCCGCCCCCGAGCGCCACGACUGCGCUCCCGCCUGCGGGCCGGCCGGAGGGGAGCUGCACGCACAGCUGGGCAUAUGUCACUGCAGGCAGUACAUCUCUGCUGAGGAGCUCUGUGACCAGCUGUGCCUGCUGAGAGCCCCACGGGUCUCCCUGGGCUUUGGCACCCACAGGGAGCUGCUGCUGAGGACGAACGAGGGACAAGUGAGGGAGGUGUCAAACGUCCUGGGCCCAGACGAGCAUGUGCAGAGCAGCCAGAGGGUGCAUUUGGUUCUGUUCAGCCCCCAGGGCGUGCUGGGUCUCGUUGUCUCCAGCACAGAAGUCCUGGAUGUGUUCCUCAUGGGAGAUUUUUCCUCAGACCAGCAGCUGCAGAAAGGGCACAGAGUCCAGAGGAAUUCCCCCAAAGACAGCCAGGCCUUGCCCCUCAUCCCUAACCCGGUGGUGUGUCUGGAAGCAGGGGACACAAUCCUUUUCCGGCUCAGCAUCAAUUCCCAGGAGCGGGCCUCCAGCCAUUACCCCGUUUACCAGAAGCAGCAUCUCUUCAACAACCACCCAGGCUGGGAUUUCGGGCCCUUCCGGAGGCUGCACCACCUGAUCCAGGAGACUCAGCUCAACAUCUCCUGGUUUGCCCACGUUUUCCUGGAGCCUGGGACAUUUGUUUUCAGGGACAGCUCUGUCCAGGAACACUUCCUGAUAGUGACAGUGAACAAAGCCAACGUGAGCUGCGACCCUGGGGCCGUGUCCUUCCAGCCCUCCUCCCUGUUCCAGCUGGCCAGGCAUGGCAUUCUGAAGCAGCAGGAGCUGAACUUGGCUCCCAACUGGGCGGCUAUCACAGCGAUUCUCUUUGUCCUGGGACUCCUCGUGGUGCUGCUGACCACCCUGGCCAUCGUGUUCCAACCUGCUGGCCCCAAAAUCAGCCCCCUGGAGAGCUGGAAGCCACGCUGGAGGAGCCUGGGGGAGCCACACAUCCCACCAGAGUACAUCCUGCUUAAGGACAGCCUCAAGUUCUAUCAGAUGCUUGGUCCUCGUGGAUCUGGAGAAGAUGCUGGCUCUGGGGAGAAAGGAGCAGUGCCCAGUGCAGGAAUCAGCUUUACACCCAGGCUCCUGGAGGAUUUCAGUGUCCGCACCCUCUAUGACAAGCUGGAGGAUCAGAAUUUGCACUUGGCCUCUCAGCUGGCCAAGCACAGGAUGGACGUGCUGGUGUUCCACAACAGCGUCAGCCAGAGGAUCCAGAGCCUCAUGGACACGGUGCAAGCUCUGGACUGGGAUGCCCUGAAAACCAAAUCCAGGCCAGGGCAGAAAGCUGCAGAGCAGAGCUGGGCAGCAGCGGGUGCUGAGCAGGGGGAUGGACACGGGAACAACAGCUCCCAGCCAGGUGCCCCGUGGCAAGAGGUGACAGAGCUGAUGAGAGCUCUGGAGGAGCUGCUUGGGAGCGCUCCUGGUGGGAGCAGAGCUGCAGAUCCACAGAUGGAGCUCCAGGUCCAGGCACAGGCUGCAGUGGGACCUGUACCCUCCCUGCACAGCCUGGAUGGUGAAAAUGAAUCAGAAGGGCAGGAUCCUGAGCUGCCUCAGCUCUGGGAGCUGUUCAGCAGGGAGGAGGCUUUUUCCAGCCUGCCUGGGCAUGAGGAGCAUGGUUUGGAUCUCCCGUUGGUUUAUCUGACUGAGCUGGAGGUAGAGGCUCUGGUGGCAGCUUCCCCCCUUGCCAAGACCCUGUGUGAGCUCAAGGAAGCUUUGGUGAAUCUGCAGCAACUCUCAGCCCUUGGUAAUUCAGCCAGCAAACAUCAAAGCAGCCGGGGGGGCUCAGCCCUCUUCUGACUGCUGGGUUCCUGGGAUGAGGAGGAGCUGCAUUCUCACAGCACUGGAGGGACAGAAGCAGGAGCAUCUCGGGUUCUGCACAGUGAAACAGCCCCCACCUCGUCCCCUGGAGGAGCUGAGCUCAUCCUGGGCUAUGGAUGGAGUUGGGUUGGGGGCGUCUGGGGCAGAGCAGCUUUACCUGAAGUAUCAGAAUGGACUCAGAUUUAAUUAAGGAUGUGUUUGGUCAAAUAUGUGAUGAGGAAUCCAUAUUGUUUUUGCUUAACCUUGAAAUAUUUUCGAAUUUGCUGUGGAUUAUCAAUAAUUUGUAGGCUGGAAAAGGAGGCUGAAGUCUUUGGUGUUGCUAAUUUUGUGUUUUCUGUUGUGAAGUCAAUAAAGCAAUUAACAGAAGGCUACAGGUGGCAUGAGAACCUGAAUUUACCAAUGUGCUCUGUGCAGCCUUUCUCAUCUCUGAUGUGAGGGAUAUUUGUGAGUUUUUCCAGCAUUUUAGAGCCAUCCUUUGAGCCUUGCCCAGCACCCCUACGUGUCCUGUGCAUGUCUUAAAUCCACUCAGCAAGUUCUGCUGGCAGAGACCUGAAAAAUCUCUACAAAUGUGAUUUCUCUGAGCAAAGAUACACUGAAACUGUUCCUGCAGAGAAGGUUUUCAGCAGUUAUGUUCAUAGCAGUCCUCCACGGAGGGAAGAAUCUCUGAUACCCCAGGAAAACCAACAGGUGACAAAGUUAUCUCUGUGACUUGUGGCUCCAGAUCCUAUUUGUAAA